AUGGAACGGAAACAGGAAGGGAUGUCUCAGAUAGAGAACGCCUUCUACGGUUGCAGUGCCACGGCACACUUUGAAAAUGAAAAAGACCUCGACCGGCAACUACAGGACAAUGACGUAGACGAAUGUGCACAAGGCAUGGGCCGACGUCACGUGGGUGAGACGCUACAGAAUGUGGGAGAAACAUGGGAAAACACCGGCCGCGGUCUACAAUCAGAGAAAGAAGCGGACGAAGCUGAGGGAAACGUAGUAAAACAGACUUUACUUAGUCGAGACCCUUCGACAGAAGCUGAGGAUGAUCGUAUGAAAGCCGCAAGGGAGGGCUGGGAGCGGGAAAACCAAGGGAAAGAAGAACCGAGUGAGCAUCGUCAAAGUGUUUCUAACAUUGAGUCAGGAGGGGACCAGCAAAGGAGCCCUCAUGAGGAGUUAGAGACAAGACAACUUGAUCCCUUGACAGAUUACCAAGAAGCGACCCCCGCAGACAACGAAGAACAGCCCCGUGAAAGGGAUUGUGAUGAUCGAGAGGAACACAGUGUGCACCCAUCAGACGACGAAGUUCAACAACAAUCACAUCAGCCAGAGCAGGUAGAGAGUGAAGAGGAAGCAGAAGAGGACCAGAAGGAUGCCGCUAGCGGGGUAACAGGUUUCCUUCUGAAGGAGGAUUCUGGAGAGUAUUACGCUCGUUCCAAUGAUGUGGAUGGGGAUGAAACGGAGACCAAUUCUGGCUGUCACGGUUGGAGCAACUCUGUACGGCGCUGUUCGCCGGGAGCCGCUAAAGAAGCGACACCUUCACGAACGGCUCCAUCUUCAAAAGCCGGUUUGUAUCUUCGGUUUCGGACCAUUGCCUCGAUUGUUGAUUGCCUUCCAAGUCUGCAGGACCCAUCUGCCCGACGUUAUGAGGCGGCCACUGUGGCUGCAGAGAUCCUCGAAUCUCUUGAACAAAGAGCAGAGAACUUGCUUGUCUACAAUACGCGAAUCGUUUCCCAAAUGAAGAAACGCGUAGAAAGUGGUCGGACCAGUUCUGGUCAGAAAGGCCGCCUUCGCUUCGAUUCUCUGCCGGACGCAAUCGAAGAGGACGAGCACACCAUGUAUGGUCAGUGGAAGCUCAGAGAGGAGACCGCCGCAGAGGCGGCUAGUGGUCUGCUUCGUGCACUCGGGGAAUCUGCCCUAGAGAAAAUUGCUUCGCAAGACGUUUACAGGACAGAAGGCAAUGGGCAACAUAGGACGCCUUACGCCCCGGAAUAUGGGGAAGAUCCAACACAGGAAGAGCACAGUCCGUGCAUGGAAAACCCCAGUAGUAGAUUAUGUUCUGGAGAAUCUAACCAAACUGUCGAUUCCGAACUGGAAGAAACAAACUUGCAGGAGGAAAUACACGAAGACAUUUCAGCCAUGUCAGACGAGAAAGCGGCCAAAGAAUUCGAUCUCUGGCUUGGCAGGACUACCAAAAUACCGAAGGAUUGUCCCCCGAUGAAACGAGAGGGUGAACCAGAAGUAUCGUCUGUUCUUGAAAAAGCACUGGGACACAGUGUCUCAAGAAUGUUUCCGCAGAAGGAGGAUUUAAGCAUGAAUCAUGAUCUAGGAACAUCGUGGGGGGGGAAAACAGCAGACGUCACUUUUGCUGCCAUCGACACCCUCGAUACCUCAGCGAAGGCAGCUGCCGCACGACAGCUGGUCACGCCGUCUUUGAAGCAGGAGAAACUAUGGCAGUUGUUCGGACGAGACACUGAAGCAGGCCGUUUGCUGCACCAGCUGUACGCAUCCAGGGCAGCAGCGCUCGGAGCUUUCGGCAUUGUCUAUCCGGUGCCAAAGAUGAACAAAGACUCGAAGAGUAAUCCAAACUUCCUGAUUCGAGAUUCGAAGAGCUCAAGCAUCAUUUCUUCGCGAAGAGGGCAUCCCCGAAGGGUAAAGGUUUCUGUUCCGCGCGUUGGCCGCCACCCCGUUCCUCAGACUGAUGGAGACCUACACGGUCACGCAGGCUGCGGUUGUUGCUCACUAGCCGACUCCGGCCGUCCGAGUGACUACGUAGGUGGAAAGCGUUCUCUGGCGAAGAUUUCCAAGGGGAUGGAGCAGCAACGAAAAGAAAUUCUAGCCGAAGCUCAGGCAGCGGCUGAGAGGGCCGCAACUUACAGUCGACACGGGCAGAUACGAGAGCGCGCAAAGGAAGCUUUGCAAGAAGCUUUCUACUUCGAGGAGUGCCGGACUCUCCCUGCAGCUGCUCGCCUACCUGCGCUGCCGAGACAGGCACGCCAGCAUCUUCUUCAGACAUCACGAGCGGGUGGACAAGAAAAAAAAGGCCUGGCAGGAACCCCAUUCACGGCCAAGGUGGCGACAGGUGGCUCGACAGCCGCCAGGAGAGCGAGAGAGUGGGGAAAGCAGCAGACGGACCCGGAGGAGGCAAUGAAUAGAGAACAGAAGCUCCUGUUUGAUCAAACUUUGCACGAGAUCCGGUACCGAGAGGAGAGACUGAGGAAACUCCGGGACGAACUGCCUGACGACGUUCUCACCGCCGCUGCCUGCCCGGAGUCACGAGGUGUCGCCGCUCGCCAGAAAGGGGCAUUUCAAGCAGUCCAGGUUCGGGCCAUUCAGAUGGGACGUUACGAACGAGUGAAACGAAAGGUCCAAGAGAACCUCCGCGAGGAAAGCAAACUCGUGAAAGAAAUUGCCGAGCGCGUGCGAGACCUCCAGACUCUCAGCCGGCUUAGCGGGGAACAACUGCACCAGAAAACUGGUGCCCUUGAUCGAGCACCGCCUGAGGCGUAA